AUGAACAACUUCGAUUACACGGACACGGGCCACGGAGGAGUCGACAUGGUGCGCAUCGCUGAUGUCCUCAUGCGUGCCCAGAAGGAAAGGACCGAGAGCAUCGCUGCGGGAGCUCCCAACAUCACCAACAUCUGCUACAGCCUCAGCUUUAUGGGGAUGCGGAUGGACACGCGGACGAUGGUCAAGUACUCGCAGGUGUGCGAGACGGUCCAGUGCUGUCUGGUGGACAAGUCGCCGCAGCGCAACGACCGCAGUCGCUCCCUCGUCGCCACAGUGAUGAACCGGUCCCUGUACAACGUGUCGUACGACGACGCCGACACGCUCGCCGAGAAGGCCAAGGCGGUCUUCCUGAUGACGCGGGGUGCCCUCUGCAUCGCCGCCGAUGACGUGCAGGCGGACGACUUCGGCGGAAAGUGUGGCGGUGCAGGCCGCAAGGCACCGCUUCUCACUAUGAUGGCCGAACUGGCUCGACUGCAGAACGGUGCGUUCGGGAACGAUGUGAGCGGCAGUGAGAAGACCGUCGCCGCCCAUUGGGCAGAUCCCAUUCCACCGCCGAAAUUCGAACUCCCUCCCGAUAUACUUCUUUAG